UGUCGUCGGUUUAAAUAGUUGUAAAAUUAAAACACGAGUAGUCAAAAAUUAUCAUUACAAGCCGUGUCACUGAAAGGAAUUCUGUUAAAGCGCGCCUUUUCAAGGGAUUAUACACGCGCCUGUAUUCUGAUUCCAUGACGUCCUAAACGUGGAAAGGCGCCGUUGUGCUGCCCGAGUUUGGCUUUGUUCAUGUGUAAUUUAGGUGUGCCUAGAACGAGAUUACGUUAAAUCGUUAUUACAAUUUAUAAAAAAAAAAAGUUUAAAGAAUCAUUAAAAACAAAAUCUUGUGUUAAUGAAAAACUAUGGCAAAUAAACGAAACGCAACAUCAGAUCUUAAUGCUGACAAUUGGAAUAAAGAAGAAGAACCUGAAGAUGCUGGAACAUUUUUGAAAGCAGCAGAUGAUAUCCUUAACAAACGUGUUGUAAAAAUAGCUAGGCGAAGACUUCCACAGGGUCAAGAUGAUUUAAGAAAAAGUGCGUUUGGCUCAUUUACUGGUUUUAAAUCAAUGGCUACUUCAAACACAUCUUCACCCUUUAGUUUCCUAGCAAAACCAAACACAGAUAAUAGCACAAUAGCUUCUACAAGUUCAAGUUUUAUACCAAGCAAAACUCCUACAACAAAUGGAUCUAUAAAAAUUUUAGAAAAUGGUACAGGUAUUUCAGUAUCCCCUACAUUAAAUACGAAAGAUGUGAAAAUGACAAAACCAGUAUCUACUGAAAAAGAAAGCACAUCACCUAAGAAACUAUCAGAGUAUUAUGCAAAAUUAAAGGGUCUUAAUCAAAGUGUAACGCAAUGGAUAAAAACACAUGUUGAUGCAAAUCCCGUGUGUAUAUUAACACCAAUAUUUCGUGAUUAUGAAAAGUAUUUGAAAGAAAUUGAAAUCAAGUAUGUCAAAGAAAUUAAGAGUCUUAAACCUACAGACACAAAGAUAGAAAUUAAAUCAGAAAUAAAGCCUGUUGAAAAAGAUCAAUCAUUGGUUUCUAGCGAAAAAAAACAAGAAAAUUUCAUUUUUGGUGGUUCAAGUUCUAAGCCUUUAACCAAGGAAACUUCUGAUGAUUGGAAAUCUGAAAAAUCAGUUUUUGGAACUAAAUGUAUAUCUACUAAAUCGAUAUUUUCUUCGGAUAAAUCUGAUAAAAGUUCCUUUAAUGUAUCAUUUAAUGCUGUUGGUGAGAAGAAUCUUUUCUUAGCCAAGUCGUCUACAAUUGACACUAAGGACGGUGAAGAAUCAUCAAAAACAGAAGAAAAAACUGUCAGUGGUUUAACAUUUCCACAUGCCACAUUAAAUUCCACAGUUUUUAGUUUUGGUCAAAGUUCAACUGCCAGUACAGCUUCUGCAGGAUUUAGCUUUGGAGGAGGUAAACCAUUUACAUUUGGAGGUGCAGUAACAAAGCCACAGGAAACUGAACAAAAACCAGUUAAGGAAGAGGAAAAAGAAGAUGAAGACGAUUCACCUCCUAAACCAGACUUUGAACCAGUUAAAGAAUCAGGAUCUAUUUAUGAACAAAAAUGUAAAGUUUUUGUGAAAAAGGAUGGAAACUACAGUGACAGAGGAGUAGGUACAUUGUUUCUAAAACCAACUCCGAACAAUAAAAUGCAGCUUAUAGUGCGUGCAGUGAAUUCCUUAGGAAAUCUUUUAUUGAAUACACUUCUAACGGAAAAUAUACCAAUAAAACGUUUGAACAAAACGAAUAUAAUGUUGGUAUGUUUGCCAUUGCCCACAUCGGAACCCCCACCUACUGCAACAUUACUAAGAGUGAAAACACCCGAAGAAGCUGAUGCACUUUUCGAAGCCCUUGAAAAGUAUAGGAAAUAGUGGACCCGAUGGUCAAUUCUAUCUAUUUCGAACUGAUGUAAUAUGUACACACAUUUUGUCGCUGGCGAAUGGCAAAAAAAAAUAUUUACGCAACAUUUUCAGAUGCACAAGUAAGGGAAACAAAUACGUUUGUAAUGAUUUUUAAAAUCUUUUCAAUAGGCUUAGUAAAAAAGUAAAUUACUUUAAUAAUUUUGCUAUACGAUGUUCGUAUUUGUUUCAUUGAAGAUUACAUAAUGUGUCAAUCUUUAUUUUUCAAGAAUUUGUUAUUUAAAUUUUUCAUCAAUUUAAUUUCGUAGAAACAAAAUUAAUAAGCACUGUUUCAAGUUCAUAAUUCACAAGAUUAAUAUUGCAAUGUAAAAGUGGUUUAUCCAUUUAGACUGUAGGUUUAAUAAGAAAUACAAAAAAAUUAUAGGACAUAGAUUCAUAAUAAAAUUUAUUCUUAAGUAUUUCUUAAUAUACUUACAAUUUGUGUAAAAGGUAAAUUUUAGAGAAGGAUAAAUGUAAUUUUGAAGAUCGGCAUUGAACAAUCUUAUUUU